CGGACCCGACGAGGGGACACUCCAUGCCAGCAACCGAGGCAACAUGGACCGCCUCGCCCUCAUCUCGGUCCUCCUUGCAGCCUUGGCCUUGGUGGCCCGGGGCCAGUACGAGAGCUACCGGGAUUACCACGACUACUCGGACGACGGGUGGGUCAACCUGAACCGGCAGGGCUUCAGCUUCCAGUGUCCACAAGGCCAGGUGAUCGUGGCCGUGAGGAGCAUCUUCAGCAAGAAGGAAGGCUCCGAUCGCCAGUGGAACUAUGCCUGCAUGCCCACCCCUCACACCCUGGGAGAGCCAACCGAGUGCUGGUGGGAGGAGAUCAACCGGGCCGGGAUGGAGUGGUAUCAGACGUGCUCCAACAACGGGCUGGUGGCCGGGUUCCAGAGCCGCUACUUCGAGUCGGUGCUGGAUCGGGAGUGGCAGUUCUACUGCUGCCGUUACAGUAGGAGGUGUCCGUACGCCUGCUGGCUGACCACAGAAUAUCCCGGCCACUACGGAGAGGAGAUGGACAUGAUCUCGUACAAUUACGAUUACUACAUCCGAGGAGCCACGACCACAUUCUCCGCCGUGGACAGGGAUCGCCAGUGGAAGUACAUCAUGUGCCGAAUGACCGACUACAACUGCGAAUUUGAAAACGUCUAGAGCAGCCGGCCGGCCGGGGCCAGAGCGGGGAGGUGGAGGGGGCAGGCGAGGCAUGUCCGUCGCCCUCCAGCUUUCUGAGAGGACACCCCCCCGCUUCACUCCUACCAGGGAGGGUUUCCUUCAAGUCCACUCCUAACUUUUCAGAUGCGCGUCCAUCAUAAAGAUUCUUCAUUUGAUCAGCGGCGGCGGCAGCUUCCUCUCAUAUGUAUCGUAUGCAUUAAAACUGCAUACUCCCAUGCAUGAA